AUUUUCUCAUGAUAACGAGUUAAUUAUUCAUGCAUUUGUAUUAAUUAUUAAUACAUUUCUUUAAGUUUAUUAAUUUUGUUUCAUGAAUGUGCAUUCAUUUUGUUUAACUGUUAAAGACAUUAAGACCAUCCGGUUUGCUGUGAGACUUCCAAGCCAAUCCACUGUACGUAGUGACCCCCACACCAUCUCCACAUAGCCGACUUGACUGUGACCUCAGACUUUUUUCAUCAAAUUUAUGUCAUGGGUAAUUUAGCAAGAUGUCAUGUGUACUCAAAUGAAAAUGGCUCACACCUACACCCUCUGAAGAGAUGAAAAUUUUAUUUCCGAUCUGAAAUUCUGUUUAGUUCUGGUGAACAUGAUUUCAUAUUUAAUCUGUCAAUAAUGAAUGAACGUAAAAAUUAAUACAUGAAUAAAUAAAUAAAUAAAUAAAUACAAGUGCCUAAAACAAAAUGAAUUAAUUUUAAAUACAAAAUAAAGUUUUAAUAAUUCAUAAAUAAUUGAGUAAUUAUCACAAGAGAACAAGCUUUCCCUUCUCGAGAUAACGAGACAUAUUAACUCAUUACCAUGAGAAAAUGGCAUUUAAAAAUUAUUGCAAGCACACUAGUCUCGGCUUCUACAGAAAGUAGAAAUUGGGCUCUCCAAUAUAGAUAAAGUGAAAUCUGAAACGAUAUGUGUGUGCUUCGUUAGCCAGCCUUAGAUUUGGAAUUGUCAUAUGUCUGUUGUACUUGCUUUGAAUUGAUUUAUGUAUGAUUUGAAGUUUGAUAAAAUGCAGCACUUUAAAAGAGAUCUACAUUUUAAGAGCGAUUUGACUAGUUUCAAAGUUUGCUUUUUUUUUUCCUGAGAGAAUAUUAGGAGAAUAGGAGGUGAAUAAUUAUAACAAAUAAAACUGACAAUCAUGUUUCUGUUUAGACUUUGUUCCUUAAAGCUGAAAUAUAUAGUUUUUAAUAUCAAAAUUUUAAACAUAUUGACAUCACAUAUGGAAGUAGGUACUAAAAACAUACUUGUAAAGUAUGUUAAAAUGGGAUGUUUAAAAUGCCAACCUCACUGUGGGAAAUGAAACAUCUGAGUCUAUAGCCUGUUUAAAGAAACUGGCGCCAUUAUCUGCUUAUCUUGUGUAAUUUUACGAUUUGGUAAUUUAAGUGUUUGAUUUUCCACCUUUGUCAGCUGAAGAAAUGUAUUCAUGCAAAUGUUUUGUCUCUCCCGCCCCUCUCUACACACGUGUGAUUUCCACAAGGUUCAGAGAGGAAGGAAGGGAUCUUGCUAACACAUGGCUCCAACCAACAAUUUAUGCUUUGCAGACAGUUAAUUUAAUUCAAUAUAAUGGACAUACCAGGCAACAUAUGGUUGGAUGCCAACAAACCUUUCCUGGGUGAAAUGCGAAUUUCAUGGAGAAACUCGACAAGUUCCAUGCUGUCCUUUUCUCCACGUGGAAAGCUGCUGAUGGAGGUCCUCAUGGUGCUCAUGUGUGUCGGUGCAGUAACGGGAAAUAUCCUGGUCAUCAUGAUUGUGGUGGCAACAAAGACAUUCCACUGUAUGACGUCUGUGCUCAUUAUUAAUUUGGCAAUCAGUGACUUCCUGGUUGGCAUUGGUGUCAUGCCAUUUGUGGCCGUUUCCAUCAUGAAUAAUGGAUGGGUGAACUGCACUGACUUAUGUCUUUAUGUGGGUUACACCUCUUCAGUCUACUGCAGUGCUUCAAUCCUAACACUUGCAGCUAUUGCUUUGGAUCGCUAUUACUCCAUUGUGGACUGUCUGCGUUAUAAUUCACGCUGUACUGCAUGGCGAACUGGCACAGCUGUAUUAUGGAUCUGGCUGCAGGCCAUGCUCACCAGUUGUCCACCUCUCCUAGGCUGGAGUAACAUCAGUUUUGUGAGCCCUAUGUAUAGCUGUGUUGUCAACUGGGCUAGCAGUCCCAGCUAUACAGUGUUCAUGGCAGCUCUCUGCUUUCUCCUUCCUGCCAUAGUCAUUCUCUUUUGCUAUGUGAAGAUUGUGCGAGUGGCCCAGAAUCAUGCUCAGAGGAUCCACAACCUUCAGCAGCACUUUCAACACAGCAGGGACCACCACAUAUCCUCACCAUUUGAAUCAUCCCACCCCUGUUCAGCUGUGGACCUAGAAAUGCAUGACCCAUCCAGACUUGUGUAUUAUGUAAGUGGGAGGCUCGUAUCAGAAUCUCAGUUCAGUGGUCCUCAUCCUAACGCAGAUCUGACAGGAGAACCAACUUCACAACUUGAAGGGAAAAGCAACUCCAGACAUCCCAGUCGACGUCUACAUACCUUCCUUGCUCAUCUCCAGAGUAGUAGCACUCUGCACAACAGUCACCCCCAGCAACAUGGUGUUGUGAGGCUUUUCCUGGUUAUUGCUGCUUUCUUCUUCUGCUGGACACCUUACAUUGGAGUUGCUUUGGUGCAGGCCACUGAGACUGCCCUCUCCCGAUCAGCAAGCCAGGUGCCACCUGCUGCUGUCACUUUCUCAUACUGGCUUGUGCUGUUCAACUCAGACAUCAACCCAUUACUGUAUGCUCUACUCAGCAAGCGAUUCCAGGGGGCAUUGCAGAACCUCAGGAAGAAGAUCCAGGCCAGGUUGGGUAUGGUUCAAAGGGCAGAAGAGGGAAGAACAAAUGGAGAAGGAGGAAGGAUCACAACUCCCAAUAAUGUAAUGGCUAGUGUCACAGAUCAGCAUCACGAAGAUAGUGGAUCCCAUCAGAAUGGGUCUGUGUACUCCUCUGUUUUCACAAUGAAUACUACUUUUCCCAAAAGCUAUAAGCAAGAAGCAAAUGAAGUCUUUCUGCCAGGGAGUAUGUUAUCAUCUUCCUUUUCUACUUCUUCCUCUUCUGUUUCCCUUUGCCGUAAGUGCAGUAGAAAUACCCCAGGAAAGUCAGACUGCCUGCAAGUUUCCACCAAACCACAAGGGUGGGACAAAACACACCGUACUUCUGUAAUCAAGGAGAGACAUGCAACGUUUUUUUAUGGCCAGAUUGCAGUACGAGUGGAACAGGAAAUUUGCUGAGCCUGCAUUGGAGGAUUUGAUUAUAAACAACCUGGAAAUUAACCUGCAUGGUAUUUUAACUAUUAUAUUUUAGGAAUUAUGUCUUUAAUUGUAUUUAUGCUUCUGGCUGCAUGGAAUGAUAUUUGAAUAAAUGAUUAUUUAUGCAGCAUUUAAUCUUAUAUUUUGAACAUGGUUGCACCCCCGUUUAGUUUAUGGCACUAAUUUAAAAUUAAGAAGAAAAACUGAAAGGAAAUAAAUGUGACAAUCCAAAGCUUAAAAAAGGUGAUGGGAUAAAAACUCAUAGAAUAAAAACAGAGUAGAUUUUAGAUUUUGAAGUAAU